AUGAAGAAAUGGUUUGUUUGGUCUCAAGAUAUUCUGAGCAUGUUUUUGGUGCAAUUGUUUGUAACAGGAAUGCAAAUGCUUUCAAAAAUCAUAUUGAAUCAAGGGACUUUCAUUUUUGCUUUAAUGACUUAUCGACAUGUCGUUGCUGCUUUUUCCGUUGCUCCUUUUGCUAUCUUCUUGGAAAGGGGUAUCAUAUCAAAACUUAAUCUUUCUGUUUGGUUCUGGCUCUUCAUCAAUGCCUUAACUGGGAUAACAGCUGCAAUGGGACUAUAUUAUUAUGGUCUCCGAGACACUACAGCUACGUAUGCAAUCAACUACCUUAACUUACUACCAGUGAUCACCUUUGUUUUGUCAACAAUUUUAAGAAUAGAGAAAUUGAGAUUGAAUUCUAAGGAAGGGAAAUUUAAAAUAUUGGGAGCAAUUUUAUGUGCGGGAGGAGCAGUGACCAGUAGUGUUUAUAAGGGAAAAUCAUUUGAUAUUUUUCAUAACAACCUAAACACUAAACUCACAGAAAAUGUGAUACCUAAAGCUCACUGGACUAGAGGCUCUUUACUACUAGUGGGGAGUUGCUUAUCUUAUGCUUCUUGGUAUAUGGUUCAGGUGAAACUGCUCAAAGUAUUUCCAUUCAAAUAUUCGGCAACAAUGUUCACAUGUAUCAUAGCAGCCUUGCAAGCCUUGGUAAUAGGAUUAUGCUUACACACCGAUAUGCCUUCAUGGAGAUUAGCUUGGGAUCUUGAAUUGAUUACUAUAUUCUACUCCGGAACAUUGGCCACAGCAGCAACCUUUUGUUUAGUUUCAAGGGCAAUUGCAAAGAGAGGUCCAACUUAUCCUCCUAUGUUCAACCCAUUGUCACUCAUUUUUGUAGCUGUUUUAGAUGCUCUCCUACUUGGUCAAGAUAUCACACUUGGAAUCUUGUUGGGCUCCUUCUUAAUAAUUGCUGGGUUGUACUCCUUUUUGUGGGCAAAAUCAAAGGAGUUCACUCAAAAAAAUGCACAAGGAGAAGAAGCUCUACCGACAACACUUGAUAAGGCCAUUGUAAUUUCUGACGUUCAACUAGAUUCUACCAAUCCCUAA